AUGCGUCAAGGUACCUCUCUCACUGUGGCCGUUAAGCAUAGGUGCGUAGUUCCUGGGAGACCGCAGAGAUUUUGCGACUAUGAUAAUGUAUCGAGAUUGCUCAGCCCUUACGAGCCUAUUUCCAACAACACGAAUCUCGAAACUAGUGCGCGCGCUGUCGUUGUGCUCCCUCGGAUCAAACUUCACGAAAGCGCUGGCACAAUUUCAAGGAAUGUACAGGUAAUCGUCGAUCCCGACCCGACCGUAACCUGCGGUCGGACUCAUGACCGCUUUCCUACAUUGGAAACAAGAAAUAUGGCCGCCCCCGCCCGUUCAAACAAGACCAAGACGCGUUCGCGCUCUUCUUCCUCGUCCUCUUCCUCGUCGUCCUCCUCAUCCUCGUCCUCCUUUGAUGGGGAUACCCCCGUUUUCGUCCCGAAAGAAAAAAAAUUCCAAUUAUUCGAUCACCCACCUCCACCUGUCGUGGCGCCGGGCAAGCAGGGAGUGGGCAAGCAGAAGGAGGCUCUGAAGCUCAGGUUGGAUCUUAACCUUGAGGUGGAGAUCGCUAUCAAGGCCAAGGUCAAUGGCGACAUCACGCUGUCGCUUUUGUGA